ACAGCCAGAUUUUUAUCCAGGACCUCCGACCCCAGGCUAAGGAGUUAGGGAGCUGGGAUGGCUCAAGGAGACCCAGCAGCAGGGGGGCCUGGACGCUUCCGGUUCGCGUGCCACCUGGAUCCCUUGCUGGCGCUUGACUCCUCCCCUGUUCCGCAGCGUCCCCGCCCUAUCGGCACACUGCUUCAGCGGCCACACCUGCCUCCGACUGGGGGGACGCACAAGAGAUAGAAAGGGAAACAGAGGGUUUGGGGAGCCCAGCGCGGCAACGUAACCGGACUCGGCCCGCGCCGCUGACUCCCGCAGCUCUCGCCCCUCCAGCCCCCUGGCUACCGCACAGACGCGCUGUCCACGGUGCUGACGCCGACGCCCGCUCGGUCUGGAGGGGGGGAAACGCCCUCGUUCCCGGGUCGCCCUGAACUGAGUGAUCCCACUCCCAUUCCUUCCCCAGCGAGAUCAUUUCCCCAGAGGAACCCUCCAAGAUCUGGUGCUGCAGAUGGAUCCAGGAAGAAGCGAGCGACAGGGAACUUAAACUUCGGACUGGACCCUGCGGACCCGAUGCCGAGGGAUUCGCGUCGUGCGGUCCCCAGCCCUUGAGACCACAAGGGCACCAUUAAGUUGAGCAAAGUUUAGAGGCAGCUUGGAGAUAAGAGAGGGAUUCCGGAGCCAAAGCGCAGGGAGGGGUCAGACUGGGUUCCCCAGCGGGGUAGUAGUCAGCACCGCAGUCGGGACACCUGCUUCAGUGCCCCGCAUUAGUGCCUCCAGAACAACCGGGAGGCGUCGCAGCAGCCCAACUCCCCACCCCUUCCCUCCAUUUCUUACCACCCCCAACACCCCGCCCCGGGCGCCGCUGACUCCGCCUCUCUGUGCCGGGCAGCUCUCCGGAUAGAGCUGGAAAGGGAGCGCUUCCCCGGACUGGGCUCGGUUCUGAGUCUCAGAAGCCGACGUCUCCAGCUCCGGACCGGGGGCGGGAAGCUGGACUGCCAGCGCAGCUUGCGUCUGGGAGCCGCCGAGCCGGAAACGGCUCAUGGGACGCCCCCGGGGGCUCUCUUCGUGCCCUGCUGCCGCGUCCCAGUCCUAGGCGCAUCGGGCCGCACAGUCUGCCUCGCCCGCAGCCCGCGGCCUGUCCGGAGAGGAGUAUGAGGCCCGGGGCCCCGCGGACGCCGGCCACAGGGCGGCAGGGGCCUAGCUUCAGACCCCCGCGCCCGAGGGUGGCGGGGCAGGAGCCGCGGGUGCCUGCGAGGCGUCGGGGCGCAGAGAAGAGCGCCCCAGCCCGGACGCCCGAAGGGCCACGGGACCCGCGUGCGGCCUGAGCGCGGAGGAGGAGGCGGAGGCAGAGGCGCCCCGCCGUCCGGGCUCCGGGAGAGGCGGCGAGGGGCUCCGAGGUGGCCCCAGGUCCCCGGCCACCAUCCUCACGCUUCUGCUCCCGCGGGGGGAUGUCGCGGCCCGGCCCCCGAGCGCCGCCCCGGGCCUGGGGCUGAGCUCCGGACCAUGUCCUCCCGCAGCGCCCGGCCCCCGCCCCGCCGCUGCCGCCGCCGCUUGCGCCCCUCUUGCUGCUGCUGCCGCCGCCGCUCGCACCUCAACGAGGACACGGGCCGCUUCGUGCUGCUGGCGGCGCUCAUCGGCCUCUACCUGGUAGCGGGAGCCACCGUCUUCUCCGCGCUCGAGAGCCCCGGCGAGGCGGAGGCGCGGGCGCGCUGGGACGCCACGCUGCGCAACUUCAGCGCGGCGCACGGCGUGGCCGAGCCCGAGCUACGCGCCUUCCUCCGGCACUACGAGGCCGCGCUGGCCGCCGGCGUCCGAGCCGACGCGCUGCGCCCGCGCUGGGACUUCCCCGGCGCCUUCUACUUCGUGGGCACCGUGGUAUCCACCAUAGGUUUCGGCAUGACCACCCCCGCGACAGUGGGUGGGAAGGCCUUCCUCAUCGCCUACGGGCUCUUCGGCUGCGCCGGGACCAUCCUGUUCUUCAACCUCUUCCUGGAGCGCAUCAUCUCGCUACUGGCCUUCAUCAUGCGCGCGUGCCGGGAGCGCCAGCUGCGCCGCAGCGGCCUGCUGCCUGCCACAUUUCGCCGCGGCUCAGCGCUGUCGGAGGCCGACUGCCUGGCGGGCUGGAAGCCCUCGGUGUACCACGUGCUGCUGAUCCUGGGCCUGUUCGCUGUGCUUCUGUCGUGCUGCGCCUCGGCCAUGUACGCCAGCGUGGAAGGCUGGGACUACGUGGACUCGCUCUACUUCUGCUUCGUCACUUUCAGCACCAUCGGCUUCGGGGACCUGGUGAGCAGCCAGCACGCAGCCUACCGGAACCAGGGGCUCUACCGCCUGGGCAACUUCCUCUUCAUCCUGCUCGGCGUGUGCUGCAUCUACUCGCUCUUCAAUGUCAUCUCCAUCCUCAUCAAGCAGGUGCUCAACUGGAUGCUGCGCAAGCUGAGCUGCCGCUGCUGCGGGUGCUGCUGCCCGGCGCCCGGGGCCCCUCUGGCCCGGCGCAAUGCCAUCACCCCGGGCUCCCGGCUGCGCCGCCGCCUGGCUGCCCUGGGCGCCAACCCCACGGCACGCGAUAGCGAGGCCGAGGGCCGCCGCCUGUCGGGCGAGCUCAUCUCCAUGCGCGACCUCACGGCCUCCAACAAGGUGUCGCUGGCGCUGCUGCAGAAGCAGCUGUCCGAGACGGCCAACGGCUACCCGCGCAGCGUCUGUGUCAACACGCGCCAGAACGGCUUCUCGGGCGGCGUGGGUGCGCUGGGCAUCAUGAACAACCGCCUGGCUGAGACCAGCGCCUCCAGGUAGACAGCCCGCCCUUCUGCCAGCCCGGCAGCGCCAGGGACCCUCACCAGGCUGGCGUGCCUCCGGCCGUGAUUUGCUUUCCUUCUCUCAGACGCUGGCGCUUUCUUAAUCUUUAUCCAAUAAAAAGAAACCAAAAAAAAUUUUUUUAAAGAAAUACUAUUUGGCCAGGCCUGAUGUUAUCCAGGGCAGGUUUUGGGGGUGCCUGUUUUCCUUGUGGGCCCCCUCUUGAAGAACCGUGGCCCCAGCAGAUUCUCUCCAGGGAGAGAAAAAGUGGUACCCUAGACCCUCACCCGGGGCAUACCACAGACAGGAAAAUGUCAUACCUGGGUUUUGCAGACUGGCACUAAACCCUGUCCCCAUGCACAUAAGCAGCCAGCAAUCCCAAAGCAUAUGGUGCAAUUUUUUAUGGUUCUGAAUUACCUCCACAGCAUUUAGAAUCCUGGACCAGCCUAGCAGCUUCCUUCUGGUCGUCAGAAGUGAUAUAGUCACAGUUUUGACAGGUGGGGGUGGGGAGAGCCAUAUGUUGCCUACUGAUGUGUAUAUAUAGAACAGCCGCUACACACAGAGAAUGGUGUAGUAUUAUGCAAUAUGAAACACAGCACCAACUUGCAGGCUAUGGCAUUUCCCUGAGAUUUGGAAAUUGCAAUGGUAAGGGGCUUAGCUGGCCUUUCUCAGUCUGGAGUUAGUCCACUUAGCACAGCAUUCAGGGCAGCUACUAAAUUUUAAAGAUGGAAAUCUAGGGUGGCCUGCAGGGAGGAGGGCACUAGGGGUGCAGGAGCCCUGCCCUGCUCCAGCUGACUGAUCUCUCAGACUUGGGGCACGUGCCUGAAUCCCUCCUUACUUUCACCAGCACCAUCCACAGGAAUGCUCUUUGUUAUUAACCAGGAAUGUCUAAGUCCUCUCAGACAAGAUUUUGCUUCUUUGAUAUGAAUUUUUUUCUUAACUCCCAUUGAUCAAUUCAACUUUUUCCCCUUUUAGAGAGCCUGAGGGUGCCAAGCACAGACUCUGGUACUCCCUCCCCUUCUCUGAAUCAGGACUCUUCAGGCACACCCUUGGGGCACCACAGCCUGCAACACCAGGAACCCAAAGAAGCCCUUCUGCUAAUAUCAGAAAAUUUGGCUCCAGAGCUCAUAAUGUUUUGGGGACACAUCCAUUCUAAACUUUGUUUGCUCCCACUGAUAAUCAAAUAAAUUUGCUUUCUCCAUACAUAGUCUACACUGAAGGCAUAGAAAGGCAGGAGGAAGGGAGCUGGUGGAAUGGGUGGAUGGAAGCAAUUUAGGAUGAAAGUUUUGCUCUGGAUGAUCCUCAAGCUGAGGGACAGCUUCUCCCCAAGCAGCCCUCUCUGCACAGGGGUCACUGAGCUGGAGGAAGGCCAGAUGCUGCCAUUACUGAAAGGAUGAGAGUCUUGGACUGUAAAGGAACAGUACUCUUUCGGCCCAUUUUUCUCAUCCAAAAAGAUGACGAUUCCAAGGACAAAUGCCAGAGUCUAGUUAUACAUGGUGUGACCCACCAACAUAUACAGCUUCUGACAGGAAGUCUUAGAAAAGCACCAGGAUGCCUCACUGUCUGCCUGAGAGGCAUUGAAAGCCAUGAAAUCUCCCUCCUUGCCAGUAAAGAAAGCAUAUGUGCCUGAAACACACACACAGAGCAUUAAGAGUCAUGCUUAAAUGUCAGCCUCCCCUUUCUCCUCCCUGUUCAUGGAAGGAAGGAAAAAAGUCAGUUGAGAUCUGAGUGACUCUCCAGCUACUUUAGGUAAUUUCUAAUUUGGGUUAGGAUUGGUUUUUAAACACAGACCCUAAUCUGGAGGUGAAGUUAGUGAGGCAGAGUGGCCAGGAGAAGGUCAAGUUUGCUAAAUACUGAAGGGCAGGCUUCCAGAGAAACAUACUUCCAGGAUUCAUUGUGACUGUCAGCCAGUUUGUGAGCACCCCGCUUCCCACCCUGGCUGAGUGAUGCCUGCGGCCACACUCACAGAGGCACACAAUGUCUAGGGUGGGGCCCUCUCACAGGACCUAGAAAUAAAAUGUCAGGUUUAUCCCUUUAAAAGAAGGAACGAUUAAAAGGCAUCCAAUUGCAGGUGUCGCCUAGGCCACGGGAAAUAACUUGGGGACCUGAGCCUUCCAGAGGGGGAAGUAGAGCUCCCCAUAAUAGAAGCAUCUAGAUGGUGAGGACUGAAUAGCAGGCAAAAGAGCAGCCAAGCCUGAGGAAGUGAGCCCCAAGAACAGCACAGGAGGCUUAAGAGCCAACUGUUGGUGAGGCUCCUUGUACUAGGCAGGCCAAAGAGGUGCCCAGGUGAUGCCCAGACAGGAAGGCACCGAAUCAAGUCUCCACAAGAGAGAACAAGACCUUUCUGCAGAGAAGAAAAACUCAAAACCUGCCUUGGCAAGUCUUCUCUGUCAGCAGCGCUUCCUAAAGUCUGUCCUAAAUUGCUCGUACUGCAGCCCUGGCUAUUCUCACUUAUUCUGAUAUGCUUUGCUUUGGAAGGAGGCAAUUGUGAGCAACUUCGGCAAGCUUCUGAAGGAACUAUAAGCAUGGUUCAAGGGCGCAUCUUCCCUCUCACCAACCUCCCAGAGAACACCAGCCCUCCAGGGUAGCUCAGAAGCCAGUGGCACACAUGUAGUUUUGCCCCCAUUCCCCUGGCUUCAGUACAUCAUUGUCCUCAGUACCUCAGGCCAAUGGGCUCAGUGCCGCAGAUGCCAGGGACUGCUUUCCAGGCAAGCCAGGCUCCCAAGAUCAGGGAGACUGGUGGAGCCUAGGCUCAUGUAUGAAGGGCUUGUGUGACAUCCUGCUUGAAGGUGAGCACUGGAACCAGAACUACUUGACAACCAGGUAUGGGGUUCUCAAAUCAUUUUGGAAACAAUGAUAUUGAUAGGGACUUUCUUCUUUGGUGCAGGUUCUUCUGAACUUCAGACUAAGAAGGGGGUCCAUUCUUAGAUGCUGUAGCCUCUGCCUCCAAGUGGGUAUCUCUCUUCUGACCCACGGCUGCUAGCUCACUGCAGUCUCCUGCAUCCCCAGGUUCUAGGAGUGGCUUUCUGACAUUAGGCUAAACCUUGGAAAAUUGCUGCUAAAUUUACCCAGGCUCCUCCAUCCCUCAGACAUUCCUUCAAGUAGAUGCCCUCUUCCUACAUGCCAUGGGGUAAGGAGGUGACUGAGCCCUCCUGGCCAAAGAAGCUUCUGGGGAACUGAGGUAGAUAGCAGCCCACAGAGGCAGAGACCACAGGAGCUGUGAAGGUUCUGUCUUUCUGUAACUUUUUA